CUGUUUGUGGAGGGGCGGCUGCGGGCCCGGCCGGCGGGAGGAGGCGGCGGCACCGCGAGCGGCCGUGGGCGCAGCAGCAGCUGCCCGCCAUGGCGGUCACCGAGAGCCAGCUCAAGAAAAUGCUGGCCAAGUAUAAGUAUAGAGACCUCACCAUACAAGAGACAACCAGUGUUAUUACUCAGUACAAGGACCUCAAACCUGUCAUGGAUUCAUAUGUUUUUAAUGAUGGUUCAUCUAGGGAGUUGAUGAGCCUCAGUGGAACCAUUCCUGUGCCUUACAGAGGUAACACAUACAAUAUCCCCAUUUGCUUGUGGCUUCUGGACACUUACCCUUUCAACCCCCCGAUUUGUUUUGUUAAACCCACUAGCUCUAUGACAAUAAAAACUGGAAAGCAUGUUGAUGCAAAUGGAAAGAUAUAUCUUCCUUACCUGCAUGAGUGGAAAUAUCCCCAGUCAGACUUGCUAGAACUGAUUCAGGUCUUGAUUGUUGUGUUUGGUGAGGAGCCUCCAGUCUUUUCUCGGCCUACUGCUUCAAGCUACCCACCAUACCAGGCCGUAGGCCCACCAACUACUUCCUACGUGCCUGGCAUUCCAGGUGGAAUAUCUAGCUAUCCAGCAGGAAGCACUCCAAACCCAAGCAGCUACCCACCUUAUCCGAGUGGUGGUCCAUAUCCAGCACCCUCUGUUCUUUAUUACCCAUCUCAGCCUCCUGCGACUACUGUUGGACCCAGCAGAGAUGGAACUAUCAGUGAGGAUACCAUUCGAGCUUCCCUUAUUUCGGCAGUCAGUGACAAACUGAGGUGGCGGAUGAAAGAAGAAGUGGAUCGUGCACAAGCUGAGCUCAAUGCCUUGAAACGGACAGAGGAGGACUUGAAGAAAGGACACCAGAAACUGGAGGAGAUGGUAACUCGCCUUGAUCAGGAAGUGGCUGAAGUGGACAAGAACAUUGAACUCCUCAAGAAGAAGGAUGAGGAACUCAGUUCCGCCUUAGAGAAAAUGGAAAGUCAGUCAGAAAAUAAUGACAUAGAUGAAGUUAUUAUUCCUACAGCACCGCUUUACAAGCAGAUCCUAAACUUGUAUGCGGAGGAAAACGCAAUUGAAGACACCAUCUUCUAUCUUGGGGAAGCACUGAGACGUGGAGUGAUAGAUCUAGAUGUCUUUUUAAAGCAUGUACGUCUCCUGUCUCGCAAGCAGUUCCAGCUGAGGGCAUUAAUGCAGAAAGCAAGGAAGACUGCUGGACUCAGUGAUCUCUAUUAAAUUCUCAGACUUUAACUGGGAAGUUAGAUUUCCUUACGAAGCAGCCACUCUCUUGGUAUUUCUUUUAAUCAGUAGGUGCCCAGAAUAAGUUAUUACAUCAUUCAAGUGUAAGAUAUUUUGAAUCAAUAAUAUAUUUUCUUUUUGGUAAAGACUAGCUUUUAUUAAUGCACUUUCUAUCUCCUGUAAUCUUUGUGCUGGUGGACUUAUGCUGAAUAAAACUUGUUGCAUAUUUUCUUCCUCUACAGAACUGUUUAUGCUGUGCUUUCUUUGCAUACAGGCCUGCCUUUCACUUGGAUUCUGAGGUGGGCAAGAAAUUUCAUUGUCACUAACCUUUGUUAUAACCAGUGAAAGCUGAAAACUCUAAAGUUUCAGGGCCUUGCUCUUUGACCUGGCUGUGAACAGGGAUGGUUUUCUUGAAGUGAGCUGUUGUAACUGACUUGCCUAUGAUAGUGGGGUUAGCUUAUGGUGCCUUAAGAAGCCUUAGAUGAGUGUUGCUUUUUUCCACUAGAAAAUACCAAGCAAAAGAAAGGCUGUUCCAUUUGCUGUUGCAUUACGUCCCAGGCAGACAACACUGUAUGCCAGAGUGCCACAGGAAGCAUGGGUCCUGGCUGUGGUAGCUAGGACAAGCUGGAUGGUAAACACUGCACUGUCUGCGAAAAGAGGAUAUAUUGUACAGAACAUCUCCCACCUUGGAGUGCUGUAGGGAUUCAUGAUGCUGCUCUUGUUGCCUCAGCAGCAUGCUUCUGCCCUAUGUUUGCUUUUGUAGGCUGUCUCAACAAGGCCAACUUGAAAACAAGUUUCUUCAUCUCACCUCAGUAAUCAGUGCAGCUUAAAACUGAAUGUUUGUCUUAAGGCUUUUCACGUUACCAUUGGAUCUGAAGAGGCUACAGUUCAUGUUAAUAAAAACUUUUCAAUGUGAAUUCUCA